AUGCAGAUGGCCUGGCUCUUCGCCUUGUGCUGGGUGCAGCGCUGCGAGAGCAAGCACGUCACCGCCACAACUGCUGCAAGGGGAAACACCACAGCCCCAGCCCCGGGCAGGGUGCGGACAACUCUCCUGAGGUACGAAGGAUCCGGCGCCGCGGAUGGGAAAGGCAGCCGGUCCGUGCUGUCCGUGCCCCCCUUCGCCAAGGAGCUGCACCUAGAGAUCGUCUGCUCGCCGGCCUACAGCACCCGGGGAGGCUACGACCGCGUCCUCUACAAGCACUUCGAAACGCCCCGGCUUGUCCAGGAGGGAGACAUUCUGUGUGUUCCAACAUUUGGAUAUGCCGAGUUUUUAGAAGUAAAUGCAGACAAAUUCCUAAGGUGGCCAGAGCUUUACUUCAAAGUGAGGAAGAUUUUAGGCACGGUGGAAGGCGAGCAGUCUGAGGGUUACCUGGUGGACACCCAGAACACCUCUCUCUAUCUGGUGGGUUCAACAAACAGCGCUGUCCCAUCUGCCCCAGCCUAUAACAGCCACGAGUUCUGGAGCAGUUUGUCUCCUGCUGGACUUUCUGAUGUCGUGAAGCAGCUCUGUGAUGCUCUCCGGCCUCACCUGAACAGUCGGGCAAGUACACUGAGCGGGGCCAGCAGCGUUCUCCUCUCAGGGCCAAGUGGCAGUGGGAAACUGUUGGCUGUCAGAGCUGUGUGUAGCUGCCUCAACCUCCACCUCUUCAAGGUUGAUUGCGUUAGUUUGUGCAGUGACACCAGUGGAGCCACAGAGGAGAAAGUACAGAUGGCCUUCGCCCAGGCCCAGCAGUAUCAUCCCUGUGUGCUUGUGCUGAAAGACAUUGAGGUGCUUGGCAGAGACCGGGACAGGCUAGGAGAGGACGCCAGGGUCAUCGCUACUCUGAGACAGCUGCUCCUGGACAGAGACCCAGUACUGAGCCACCCUGCCCUGGUGAUCGGCACAACCUGCAGGCCCCAGGAUGUUCCUACAGACGUGCAGACUGCUUUCCUUCACGAGGUGAAAAUCGAAGCCCCUUCAGAAGAGCAGAGGAGGUCGAUGCUGAACAUGCUGACAGCCAGUCUGCCUCUGGGCAAAGAAGUGAGCCUAUCCAAGCUGGCCCGCAGGACUGCAGGUUUUGUGCUGGGAGAUUUCUGUGCCUUGUUGUCCCACAGCAGCCGGGCUGCUUGUACCCGCAUCCAGGCCUUGAGGGAGGAAGUGGAGAGAGAUUUUUGCACUGCUGGGUUCCCAGUGCUUGAGGAGGAUUUCAGUGUUGCGCUGGACCAACUGCAUGACGCCCAUUCGCAGGCAGUGGGAGCCCCGAAGAUCCCUUCCGUGUCCUGGCAGGACGUUGGUGGGCUCCAGGAGGUGAAGAAGGAGAUCCUGGACACUAUCCAGUUGCCCCUGGAGCACCCAGAGCUGCUGUCGCUGGGUCUGUGCCGCUCUGGUCUGCUGCUGUACGGGCCUCCAGGGACAGGGAAGACCUUGCUGGCAAAAGCUGUGGCAACCACGUGCGCCAUGACGUUCCUUAGCGUGAAAGGGCCAGAGCUCAUCAACAUGUACGUUGGGCAAAGUGAGGAGAACGUGCGUAAUGUGUUUGCCAGAGCCAGGGCAGCUGCUCCCUGCAUUAUCUUCUUUGAUGAACUGGAUUCCCUGGCACCCAGUCGUGGGCGGAGUGGAGAUUCAGGGGGUGUCAUGGACAGAGUUGUCUCGCAGCUCCUGGCUGAGCUUGAUGGCCUUCAUUCCACCAGAGAGGUAUUUGUCAUUGGAGCUACGAACAGGCCUGACCUCCUGGAUCCAGCUCUGCUCCGGCCGGGCAGGUUUGACAAGCUGGUCUAUGUGGGCAUAAACGAAGACCGGGAGUCGCAGCUGCAGGUGCUGAGCGCCGUCACCAGGAAGUUUAAACUGGAUCCUACCGUGAAUCUCACCACCGUCCUAGAAAAAUGCCCGGCUCAGCUGACAGGAGCAGACAUCUAUGCCCUGUGCUCCGAUGCCAUGAUGUGCGCUGUCAAACGCAAGGUGGAAUGGAUCGAGGAAGGGCUGGAUACCGAGAGCUCUGCUCUGAUCCUGACCAUGGAAGACUUCCUGCAGGCUGCUGCGAGGUUGCAGCCGUCAGUCUCCGAGCAGGAUCUGCUCCGGUACAGACUCAUCCAGCAGAAGUUUGCUGCCUGCUAAUGCUCAGCAGAGCUGGGGCUGGAGGAGUGAUGGGGACAGUGUGUUAAGGGGUGCGAGAGAACAGGCACAAACAGGCACCUGCCCGCUCUUCUCUGAUGGCUCCUGGGCCCCCUUCUUUCGAGUUUGGGUGGAAAAAGUGGCUCUGCAGUUUCUUCAGCCAAAGCCUGGUGGAAGCGCUGCUCUGCUCAGCCAAGCUGGUGGUGGGUUCUGUAAUGGUCCCUCACGUCUUGGGGAGCACUUUGUGGCUGCCAGGAGCAUACCGGGGUGACUUCCUCGCGGGCAGGAAGCCGAGUCUCGUGGUUGUGGGCAAUGUAGGAGUGUCUCCAUGGGUGACAGAGCAUUGAGGGGGGAGCAAGGCCCAAACUGCACCCAGUUUGGCAGCAAGAGCGGGGCUGGAGGCAGUUGCUUGCUGGGGCGUCAGCCCCUAGUGAGGGGUGCUGGCCAGAGGGCAGCAGGACACAGGGCACUGCUGCUGCUGCAGCUGGACU